GGGUCAGUGAAGUAGACGGCAAUGGCACACAGUGAAACAUCUCCUAUGGAAGGUUCUAAGAAGAUCCUUGAAGAAUACCACAUAAACGAAGUUGUGGGCUUUGCUCUGCCACAUCCACUGGAGGAACUGCCCCCUGCGUUCGAGGGCUGGAUCCGCAUUGCCAGAAGUCUUCCUAAACUGAUCGAGAAUGGGCAACUUAGAGAAGAAGUUGAGAAGCUGCCAACACUCAGCAUUGACGAGCUGAAAGGGCACAGGUUGCAGCGCCUGGCACAUUUGGCUCUGGGGUACAUCACCAUGGCAUAUGUGUGGAACCGAGGAGAUGGUGAUAUUCGAAAGGUGCUGCCCAGGAAUAUCGCUGUUCCCUACUGCCAACUCUCAGACAAGCUGGGGCUGCCUCCGAUUCUGUCCUAUGCAGACUGCGUCCUGGCAAACUGGAAGAAGAAGGACCCCAAUGGGCCCAUGACCUAUGAGAACAUGGACAUUCUGUUCUCCUUUCCUGGUGGAGACUGUGGCAAGGGCUUCUUCCUCGUCUCUCUCUUGGUGGAAAUCGCGGCUUCUUCUGCCAUCCAAGCAGUCCCCACUGUAUGCAGUGCAGUACAGCAUCAAGACCAGAAAGCACUGGAAAAGGCAUUUGAAGAUAUAGCUAAGAGUCUGAAUAACGCCAAGACAUAUUUCCAGAGGAUGCGCGAUUUUGUGGAUCCAAACCAGUUUUUCAAUGUUCUGCGCAUAUAUUUGUCUGGCUGGAAAAACAACCCCAAGCUGCCAGAGGGUCUGCUGUAUGAGGGGGUCUGGGACACCCCAAAAAGUUAUUCAGGGGGCAGCGCAGGCCAGAGCAGCAUCUUUCAGUGCCUUGACACCCUUCUGGGAAUAAAGCAUGAAGGAUCUCCCGCAGAAUUCCUCCAGGAGAUGAGAGAGUACAUGCCUCCAGCCCACCGCGACUUCCUUCGCUCCUUAGAGUCAGGUCCCUCAGUCCGUGAGUUCGUCAUUUCAAAGGGCAAUGAAGACGUGCGGGAAGCAUACAAUAAAUGUGUGAACGGCCUGCUCUCUCUGAGAAGAUUCCACCUCGGUAUAGUAGAAAUAUACAUUUUGAAACCUUCGAAGAAGCAGCAAUGUGGAGGUGACUCCAAAUCGGAGGAACCCUCGGAAAACAGAGGGACUGGGGGUACUGACCUCAGGAGUUUUCUGAAUAAUGUGACGGACGCAACUGAGAAAGCCCGUCUGAGCAGCGCUUAGGGUAGCAAGAUUGCAUUCGAUCAGUGCAUAGAGAUCUGCAUAUGCCCUGCUAUAGCUCAUUAGAUCAGCCCCAGUGAGGAAGAGUACGGAAUGAUUUACCAGAAAGGCACUGUAGAGCUUUCAAAAUUUUAUCUCUACAUCUCUCUGUAGAAGAAUAGCAAAAGCGAAUCAUUUAAUAAUGUUUUAAAAUGAUACAAGAAAUAUUACAAGUUAUAUUGUUGAUUGGGGGUAUAACAAUGAAACUCAGUAAAUAAAAAAUUAUUGUAAAGUGAAUAAA